GUUAUAAGUCCUCCCGUUGACCAUAACAGGAAUCGGUAGAGAAGCUGUCGGGGUGGAGCAGAACUGCCAACACAACCACGCACAAUAAAAGUGGUGCUCGGUGUCACACAGCGAUAGAAAUAUGAACUGCCACUCAUCAGUCAUCACUUUACUCGUUUGUUCGCCUCACUAACUGACACAGUAACCUUAGCAACGGCCUGGGUAGACUUCGCCUGUAUGGCGGGUCUCUCUUAUUUAGUACUCCGAUUUUCGGGCUCCGCUGGUCGGACUUACGGAGUGUUUUCCAAAGGCUUGACGAGGACUUUGUUGAUAUUUUUUGAUCUCGCAUGGCGACUGCGAAUCAGAUUCCCUUAUAUCUAUCUUGUGGCGUCAAUGAUGUUUAAUGUCAGAUUGCAGGUCCACAUUGAAAUCCACUGAAUCUUCAAUGCCUGUAUUUGGACUUAAAUCAAUAAAUUGUGGGCAAUGCCAUGUUUCAGCUCUCUAAAAGGACCUAUCUGACACUGCACAGUGAUGUGGAGGAAGAGGACACUUAAUUAUGUGUGAUGAUGCAACAAAGUGGCUGGUUGUUGCGGUCAGCCUUGGCUACACAAGCCCAGUGCCUUCAGGGAACGAUGGCAGAGAAGUUUGCAAAAAUGAGCUGGGGUGAGCUGUGAUGAGUGAGAGUGGAAGAGGAAGAGGAAACGAUGGCUCACAUUAAUCCUUUUAACUCGCCACCUGAGAUCCAGGAGCCGCUCCAUCCAGGUGGAUUUUGAGACUGCCUUUUCUCUUUGGAUAUCAAGGAUUUUGGCGUGGAUUAGAAAACGGAUGAUUGUUACUGUGGUACUUUGUAGCUACUCUUCAUUGCCUGACAUGUAUGUUUAUUAGGUGCUCAGUGUCAACAUCUCACUUUAAUUUAAAAAGUACAUCUACACCGCAUGACACAAACAAGCAUGAUCUUCGUCCUCAAUGGCUCGGACACUUUAUUCGGGGUUAUCUGUGUAAUCGGUACGUGCUCUUUCAACAAAGGUUUGUUGUCGGAGGACAGCACAGCUGCCACUACUGGAAAUGUACAGUCUAUUAUUAAGUGCACUCUCAAAAGGAAUCAGUGCAUGUCUUCUCUGUGUUCGCACACACAUGUCGUUGCACUCGUUGUUGUUCAUUCUGCAUAUCAGCUGCACUGGAAAGGUGGCGUUGGUGAAAAAACCCUACUUGCAAAGUUUUUUUUUUUUAGUUGCAUAUGUUUUUAUUUCUGUGAAAAAUGUGCUUGUGGGAGUUUGAAAUCACAGAAUUGACAGUAAGGAUGAUUACAUUUGGAAAUAAAUUAAUUAAUGAAACCACAA